AUGCGCACUGACGGCGCGGAGGAAGGAGGUCUAAGGAUAUCCUCGGGGCAUCCAGGGAAGGAAAAAAAAAUCUUCACGUCGCAAACAGAAGGGAAGGAAAGGGAAAACGGGGUCGUAUGGGAUGAAUCAGCCUCAUCCGAGGUACGGGGUUCCCUGGCAUCCCUGGACCACCAGGAGAGAAGGGUAAUUUGGGCCACUCGGGAAUGGAAGGACCAGUGGGCCCGAAAGGCGACAAAGGUGAACCUGGACCUCAGGGACCUCGAGGAUCCAAAGGAGACCGGGGUAAGAUGGGGAUGCCUGGUUUCCCGGGGAUCAAUGGAAUACCUGGAACUCAGGGACCACCCGGACCCUCUGGAUUACCCGGCGUCGAUGGAUGCAACGGGACGGAUGGGAGACCGGGAAAUCCAGGCUUUCCUGGAGCACCAGGACCUCCUGGGUAUCCAGGUGGCCCUGGGAUCAAGGGCGAAAAGGGAGAAUCAGCCUACUGCGGACCUAGUCAUAAAGGCCAAAAGGGUGAACCCGGACGCGACGGUCAGCAGGGUAACCAUGGACCCCCUGGACCAGCAGGUUCUCCUGGACCCAAAGGAGACCCCGGACCGCAUGGUCCACCGGGAUUCGAUGGAGCCGUUGGGCCAAGAGGAGACAAAGGAGCAAUGGGUGUGGGAUACGAAGGGAAAAAAGGGGAUAAGGGAGACCCUGGACCGCCUGGACCACCUGGACUCAUGGAGUCCCUUAUGCCCAAGGGACUCAUCGUCGGACCGAAAGGAGACAAGGGAGAUAGGGGACCACCGGGACCAUUUGGAUAUCCGGGAGAAAAGGGACUUCCAGGGAUCCCAGGGAUCCCAGGAAGACCAGGUGACGUCGGGUCCAAGGGUGAAAAAGGUCUGCCUGGUGGACCAGGUCUUAGGGGGAAAGACGGAUUGCCAGGACCACCGGGACCCCUCGGGUACAAAGGAGACCGAGGUCGAGAUGGACUCGAUGGAUUACCAGGAGCGCCAGGUGAAAAAGGAGCAUCAGGGAUUCCUGGGAGCUCCGGUCUUCCUGGUCUACCUGGACCACCCGGUCCACCAGGAGGAGGACCAGGUGGACCAGGUCCACCAGGCCUUCCUGGUCCAAGAGGAUUUCCAGGGCCACCAGGACCGAAGGGAUUGGAUGGAACUCCAGGGUUUCCAGGGCCACGUGGCCCCAUUGGACCACCUGGAGGACCAGGCCUACCAGGAUUUCCUGGACCCGAAGGGCCGCCUGGCACAAAAGGAGAAAUUGGGCGACCUGGACCGCCGGGCUUACCCGGUGACAGGGGUCCACAAGGAUUUCCAGGAGAUGCAGGUAGACCUGGGGGCCCUGGCCCUAAAGGCGAACCCGGAUUAUCCAUCCCAGGCCCACGAGGAUUCGAUGGAGCGCCCGGUCGAGAUGGAUUUCCAGGUCCCAAAGGGGAGAAAGGGAUCCAGGGACCCCGGGGAACUCCAGGUGAUUCGGCCGAUGGGAUUCAUGGAGCACCUGGUCCUAUGGGACCCAAGGGAGAGCGGGGCAUCAAAGGGUUGGACGGUCGGCCUGGAAUUCCAGGGCGGGCAGGUGAGAAGGGAGAUGCCGGAUUUUGUCGUUAUUGCAGUCCAGGGUUCCCAGGAGAGAAAGGAGACAGGGGACUCGAUGGAAUUCCUGGGGCACAGGGUGAAAGGGGAGAGCCAGGCUCACAUGGACCACAGGGACCACCCGGCGAUGACGGGAUUCCAGGUCAAGCUGGGAGACCAGGAGUUGAGGUCAUCUGUCAUUCCUUUUCUCCUCCACCCUCUGGGUAAUCCAGGUGCACCUGGUCUGAAAGGAGAUCGAGGCCCGAAAGGUGACUCCGCAUUUGGAUUACCUGGUCCAUUUGGUCCUCCAGGACAAAAAGGGGAACCAGGGAUCCCUGGUCUACCAGGACCGAAAGGUCUCCUGGGACAAGAUGGUGUAUCAGGGCGACCUGGAUUGACCGGAUUUCCCGGUCCCAAAGGAGAAAAGGCUCGUCCUGUUUCAUUUGCCAAUCUCAUUUGCUUGAAGAAAAAAAACAUCCUAGGUGGGAGAGGAUACCCGGGAGACACGGGGAUAAUUGGACCACCGGGACUGCCUGGGAGGCCAGGACCACCUGGGAUAUCCAUCAAAGGAGAUAGGGGUCCACCUGGUCGGGAUGGACCGAAAGGAGAUCGAGGACUGCCCGGACUCAAGGGACCGAAGGGAGAUCCUGCUCCUGGCUUUCCUGUGAAUUUGACAGCAAUGAAAGGUGUAAAGGGAGAGGUCGGCCCUCCAGGAGCACCAGGUCAACAAGGACCACGGGGUUAUUCUGGACCUCCUGGUCUCGCCGUGAGUCCCUAUUCUUUCCUGGAUCCAGAAAUGCCAUCCUAUAGUUUUAUUGGGGUCCACCAGGAGGACCAGGGUUUCCCGGAUUGGCAGGGGCACCAGGCCCCCGCGGCUUACCAGGACCGCGCGGGGACCAGGGUAUACAAGGUCCUGUGGGAUUCCUUGGGGAAACGGGUGAAAAUGGCCUAUCUGGCCGCCCUGGGCUCCCCGGCCUUCAAGGUCAAAAGGGAGAGGCUGGGAUACCAAGCGUUGGACCAACUGGACCGCCUGGCCUACCCGGAAACAAGGGAGAGACCGGUUUACCCGGAUUACCUGGGAAACCAGGUUCUGCCGGACCUGCUGGACUUCCUGGGUUCCCUGGCACCAAAGGGGAACCUGGUGCUCCGGGAUUGGAGGGUCUUCCGGGAACGAAGGGAGACAGAGGAAUACCCGGACCUCUUGGACCACCAGGUGCACCAGGUAUCCCAGGACCAUCGGGACCCGUUGGCUUCAAAGGUUUGUGCCCUUUUCAAGAGAGGUGAGCCUGGAUUGAGGGGAGAAUCUGGUUCUCCCGGUCUGGCUGGAGUGAGAGGUCCAAGGGGACCACCUGGAGCUCCAGGACACGAUGGAAGGAAAGGGCAACCAGGACCUCCUGGUCUAGCUGGAAUCCCCGGGAGACCGGGGAUAGAUGGUCUGCCAGGAGGAAAAGGAGAGAGGGGACCACCGGGACUAGAUGGGAGACCAGGAACACAUGGUCCACAGGGAGACCGUGGUCUCAACGGAUUCCCUGGACCUAAAGGGGAACAUGGCAUCAGUGGACCACCUGGAAUCCCCGGCGCACCUGGGCUCCCCGGGCUCAAGGGUGAUCGGGGACCCCAUGGACCUCCUGGGGAGAGCGGGAUCCCAGGAUUAACGGGAACUAAAGGAGAGAGAGGAGAUGUGGGACUACGGGGUUUGCCAGGUCAGCCGGGACCAUCCGGUCCACCUGGACUCCCCGGUCUCAAAGGAGAAGAAGGAAUCCCAGGAUUUGGUCAAUUGGGACCCGUUGGUGAGAAAGGAGAUCGAGGACCACCUGGAACGCCGGGUCUGGAUGGAAAACCAGGAGAGAAGGGUGCACCAGGGGCUCCUGGAUUUCCUGGAAGAGAUGGAUUCACUGGGCCACCAGGACCACCCGGAAAUCCAGGACCACCAGGAAUAGAUGGAGUUACCGGUGAACCGGGGAUCCCGGGAUUAUUAGGUCCCCCAGGUCUACAAGGAUUCCCAGGAGAACCUGGUCAACCUGGUCUUCCUGGCUUGGAUGGACUCAAGGGAGAUCGAGGAUUGCCAGAUGAACAAUUCCCUGGACAGGACCGUCAGGUUUGCCAGGAAAAGAUGGGACACCGGGCCCAAGGGGAGACAGGGGUCCAUCGGGUAUACCGGGAAUACCGGGAAUCAAGGGCGAGGACGGACGACCUGGAACGCCUGGGAGUGCUGGCCUUCCAGGGCAGAAAGGAGACCGAGGUGGUCCGGGGAUCCCUGGGAGACCAGGGGAGAAAGGCGAUAGAGGAGUACCUGGUAUUCCUGGGCAACAUGGUCUCGAUGGAAUUCCCGGUCCCAAAGGUACUCCUUUUGCAUUUGAAACCCGACAUUUGUCAAUCGUGUCUCCCAACAGGCGACACGGGUCCACAGGGACCACCCGGUCCUGGCGGUAUCGUCAUGAAAGGAGAGAAAGGUCUCCCUGGAAUUCCAGGAAAACCCGGCCGGAAUGGAGAACCUGGAACGCCUGGAUUUAAAGGUGAGCCUGGGUUGCCAGGAUUGCCGGGACUCAGAGGUCUAGCUGGAGGACCCGGUCCCGUGGGACCACCCGGUCCAAGUGGAGAUCCGGGAAGACCAGGAUCCAUUGGGGUCCCAGGUAAAGAUGGACCACCAGGGAAUCCAGGAAAUCAAGGAUUACCUGGACCACAGGGUAUCCCGGGAGAACGUGGUUAUCCCGGAUCCGUGGGACCAGUCCACCAGGAUUGGAGAGUCUGCCGGGACGACCUGGAGAGAAAGGUCUGCCUGGGUUCCCUGGGCCACCUGGACCUGAAGGACCACCUGGUAUUCCUGGCUCCCCAGGACGUAUUGGUCCUCCAGGCAGUCAGGGCCUUCCAGGAGCUAAAGGUUCUCAAGGGCAAACGGGAUUGCCAGGGAGCCCUGGACCAAAGGGAGAACCUGGACCCAUUGGUCCUACGGGAUUACCGGGCACGCCAGGACAACCAGGCUUUGAUGGUUUACCUGGCAAUCCAGGUCCAAAGGGAGACCGAGGCGUUCCAGGCCUCCCAGGUCUCCAGGGACCUCGAGGUUAUCCUGGUCCUAAGGGGGAUAAGGGGAUUUCUGGACUCGCAGGCCUUCCGGCCAUUGACGACCCAUUACACCGGCCUCCUUUUGGUCAAGCACAGCCAGACCUCAACGGUCCCAGAGUGUCCAUAUGGUCAGGCAAAACUAUGGGAUGGUUAUAGUCUUCUCUACAUCGAAGGAAACGAAAAGGCUCACUCUCAAGACCUCGGGUUGGCAGGGUCUUGUGUGCAGAAGUUCAGCACGAUGCCUUUCCUCUUCUGCGACUUCAACAACGUGUGUAAUUACGCCAGUCGCAACGAUAAGUCCUACUGGCUGAGCACGACGGCCCCGAUUCCGAUGAUGCCUGUGGGAGAAGGAGCCAUUCGCCAAUACAUCUCCCGUUGCACCGUCUGCGAGGCUCCUGCUAAUGUCAUAGCUAUCCAUAGUCAAAGCCUGAACAUCCCCGACUGCCCAGUUGGCUGGUCUUCCCUCUGGAUCGGCUAUUCCUUCGCCAUGCACACUGGUGCAGGAGCAGAAGGAGGUGGUCAGUCGUUAUCCAGUCCUGGUUCGUGCCUGGAAGACUUCCGUGCUACGCCCUUCAUCGAGUGCAACGGUGCUCGUGGUACUUGCCAUUAUUUUGCCAACAAGUACAGCUUUUGGCUGUCCACAGUGGAGGAGAGCCAACAGUUCAGUCAACCUCAAAGCGAGACUUUGAAGGCUGGCAACCUUCGCACCCGAGUAUCUCGAUGUCAAGUGUGCAUGAAGAAAAACACUGGAGGUGAUUACCAUUAUAACGAGUAUGGUGAUACUGGUACCCCCUACUCCAGGAAUCAGCAACCCAAUUACAAUAGAUGAAUAAGGUGCUAACGAAACUAAAUCCCGAACGGAAUUAAGUGAGGGACAAAAAAGGAAAAACAACCAGUGCUAGGACAGACACGACAUAGAAAAAAUUCAUAUCCAAAUUGGCAUGUGUGCGCGACGAAAGAGAGAACUAUUUGUUCGAAUGAGAAAGAUUUUUGUUCAUCAUCAACCGAAUGUGUUCAACGAAAACAUGUUGCCUUCUGAACUUUUCAAUUAGCUUGUGAUCAAUAAGCUAAGAAAAGAAGAGGGGGUAAAAAUAAUGACCGCUUCUGCGUAUUUUUCUUACACUGGGAACAUACAUCUUGCUUUAAAUGUUUCCCAAUCUUUCAUUCUUUUCUUCGCAUGAUGCUGCUUAGUCAAUUGUUUCUUACCUGAAUGCAUGCUGGCCAGUCAUAAGCGAUAGGGGCAUCUCAAAAGCCGCGUUCCUCCCUCUCAGAACGGUAAUGUAAAUCCCUUUCUUUAUAUGAUUAGUUGAGAAUGAAAGAUUUCUUAUCUUCUACAGGCAAUGAUGUAAUAUUUUCUUUUCUUUUCUGCUCCUGCCUUGCGGAGUCAAAUAUUAUAACGGUGGUGCUAUAGCUUCGAAGAUGUGAUCAAUGAAUAUUUGAUGGAUAUGUGUGGAAAUCGCCGGUCUUUGCCGUGUCGCCUUAUGUUCGUUAGUUCGUGUCAUCUGUGUGAGUGCAAUAGAGGUGAAGCAAGCCAGAAGCCAAGAAGGAACUAGGGAAAAACUGUAGUCCAAGCCUAACUCCCUAUAACUUCCUCUUUUUACUUCUGUUUGCCCCUUUUGUUGUCCUUCCCCUCACACGUGUCCUUUAUUCCACUGCCAUUGCUGCGUGUGCGUGCGUGCGUGUGUUUUUUUUCCUCAAGGAUCCCUUCAAAGAAUACAGUCUCUGAC